AUGUCAGAUCUGGUCAGUUUUGCCUUUGGCGAGCCCGCCUAUGUGAAUGAUACACACCCGCUCUAUAUUGACGCCGAUCAACCCUCCCGCGCUAUUCACGGCCGCGGACUGCGGCAGCUAGUGCGUGCUCUGGUGGCCGGAUUUCAGGCCUAUGGACUGCAAGCAGGAGACUGCGUCCCAGUCCAACUAAGCGGCAACACGGUAAUCCAUCCCGCUCUCCAAUUGGGAAUCAUCGGGGCCGGCGGGAUAUAUAUGGCGUGCAACCAUACGACCUCCCUCUACGAGAUGCAGCAUCUAAUCCAGCUUGUGUCGCCACGUUUCAUUCUCACCCAUCCUGGCGGUCUUCCCAUGGUUCUUUCAGCCUGUGCGAAGGACACAGAAGGCCCUUCUCGACGUGUCAGCACUGUGGACGAAGCGUCAAUCGACCGUCUAGUCCAAUUCGCUGCCACAGAUGUCGCUACAGAACUAGUAAACACUCCGGCCACAGUUGCGAGUGAGCUAUUUCGCGUCGAAGACUUACUGUCCUUUGGUGAAGCAGAUUGGCAGACUUUGGACGAGGCCACGGCACAGCAAGCGCCGGCAACCAUGUUUUUGACCAGCGGGACGAGCGGACUCUCCAAAGCGGCGACUCGCUCUCACGCCGCCGUGGUGUCGCAGAUAGAAGCCGUGCAAUACGAGCCCCCAUUUGCGGUAAAACGUGCCGUUGCGCUGCCGGUGCACCACCUACUUGGCGACUACUGGACGACCAUCUUCCCCAUUCGCUACGGCCAUCCCGUCCACAUCCUGCGCCGCUUCGAGGUGACAAACUUUCUGGACGCACUGCAACGCUUUGCUAUUACCGAGACUUACCUUGUCCCCACUAUGGUCCAUAUCCUCCUAUCGCAGGAUACGGACACGGCGCGAGCACGGCUCAACUCGCUGCGCUACGUUGGUAUCGCGGGCGCCCCCAUCGAGGAGACAGUCCUGCAACGUUUUCGGGCGCUCCUGCACCCGGAAGCCUAUGCCUCGACAUUCUAUGGAAUGACGGAGGCGGGCGUGGUCACGCAGUACCGUUACGGGGACACUCGGCCAGCUGGGGGUAUGGGUGGGCGGUCAAUGGGAUAUGAGGUGCGGCUCAUAGAGCCCGUCGACGAGGACGAUGUAAGACAGAUAAUAUCGUCAGCUCCGCCGGCUAUCACGGGCGACGACCAGCCGGGUGAGAUUCUCAUUCGUGGGCCUGGAAUGUUCUUGGGAUAUCGAGCCUCGCCGGCCGUCCCGGCCGCCCUGACCGCUGAUGGCUGGUUCCGCACAGGCGACAUAGGGUACCGGAAAGAGGGGCAUUAUUAUCUCAUGGGUCGGCUCAAGGAACUCAUCAAAGUGCGCGGGUACUCAGUCCCGCCGGCGGAAAUUGAAGCAGUUCUCCUCGAGCACGCGGGGGUACAUGAUGUCGGCGUAAUUCGGACUACGGCCCCCGACGGGAGUACGGAGGCGCCCCGGGCGUAUGUGGUGACUGUGCCUGGUCCUGUACGACCCUCGGCGGAUGAGCUGGCGGCGUGGGUGUUGGACAAAUUGGCUUGGUAUAAGGGGUUGGAUGGGGGUGUGGUUUUUGUGGCUUCUAUACCACGUACGGCUGCAGGCAAGAUUCAGCGGGGCAGGCUGAUACAACUGGAUUCACAGCGAGACCAAUUGGCUCAGAUUCUUGUCUAG